UGGUAUUUACUGUUACAGUACUUAUAUCGUAAAGCCGGUUACACCGUCAUUCGUCAACAUAACAUAACAUAUCGAACACUUUGGAGUAGAUUUCACUUUCAAUCAAGACUAACUGACAGCUCGGAUAUAUUACAAUUCUGUUGAAACUUAACUGAAAGAAUUGUUUUUGAAGUCAUGGUAGAAUAGAUAAAACAGUUCAACAGAAAACGAUUUAGAUAUGGCGGUCAACAAAAUGGAUGACGUGUGUGUUAUUGGGAUGUUAAUAAUUAGUUUAGUGUGUUGGGUAUCUGUUCGAGCGCAGAAUCCGGAUAUUGUAUUUAACCUAAGAGAAGAAAUGAAACCAGGCGUGUUUAUUGGCAAUAUCGCCGUUGAUAGUGGAGUCGGACAGGACGUAGCAGUAGAGGAGUUUCCUUAUUUGGAAUACAAAUUUUUAAAUCCGAACAAUGCCAGGGUAACCUCGUUAUUCAGCAUCAAUCGUAUGACCGGUGCGAUGUACAGUACAGCUAAAGUCGACAGAGAAAAAAUGUGCAAGAAUUCAGUCGUGUGUCAUAUCACAUUUGAUGUCACCAUUCAGUCAACCGUAACGUCAUUCCUAAGACUUUUAUCAGUUCGCGUUGAAAUCGAUGACGUCAACGAUAACGAGCCUCAGUUCAAAAACACCAGCUUGUCUGUGGAUAUUCCUGAAUCCGUUGUCCUCGGAACCACAUAUCGCAUUAAAGGUGCCUCUGAUGCAGAUAUGAGUCCUGAAAACUCUGUUCAGUCUUACGAUUUAGUGCAACCGAAUUCCACCUUCGGGGUUCAGUUAAUCAAAAAGUUUGAUGGUUCGACAGACGCGAGUUUAUCUGUGUUAGCACCUCUUGACAGAGAAUCGCAACAAGUUCACAGCAUCCUAUUAUUAGCCAAAGACGGUGGAUCUCCUCAAAGGACCGGCACGCUACUUGUAAACGUGAAUGUACUAGACGCAAACGACAAUGCCCCAAAGUUCAUUAAAACCAUGUAUAAUGUCACCGUGUCCGAAAAUACUUCAAUCGACUCAACAGUUGGAAAACUUGAAGCAGACGAUAAGGACUCUGGGGAGAAUGCGAACAUAUCAUACCGCUUUAGUCCCUUAAGAAGCAGCAAACUUGAACAUCUGUUUGCUCUUAACACAAGAACUGGCGAACUGACGGUAAAAUCACCUCUACAGUAUGAAUCGGGUAAAACAUACGACACAAUAGUUGAAGCCUCUGACAAUGGUAAUCCUCCCCAAGUAUCUCAAACAACUCUUUUUGUUAACAUCAUUGAUGUCGGUAAUAAUCCUCCGCGAUUACAAUUAAAUUUAGCAUCGACAAUGAAUUCAGAAACUAUAUUUUUGUCGGAAGGCUCAAAGAUCGGGACCUUUGUGGGCCAUAUUAAAGUUGAGGACCGGGACCCGGAUGCUAAUGGAGAGGUCAAUUGUGUCUGUGAAGAGGAUUAUUUCGGUGUACAAAAACUGGACGGUAAAGGGUACGCCCUUUUGAUCAACAAAGAACUUGACAGAGAGACUACUUCAAAACACAAUGUCACCAUUACGUGUCACGAUGGCGGCCAACCCAGUCUAACGAGUUCUAUAAGUUUUGCUGUUAUUAUUACCGAUAUGAAUGAUAAUGCCCCACGGUUCUUACAAUCACAAUACUCAAUGAACAUAACAGAAAAUGUUGGACUUGGUGUGACUGUUGGUACUGUUUUAGCCUUAGAUAGAGAUUUAGGGGACAAUUCCAAGUUUUAUUACACAAUGGAUCUAGCUGACGGUGCCAUGUUCAGGGUGAAUGCUGAAACUGGGGUGAUCGCUACGAACUCCGAUAUUGAUAGGGAAAUCGUUUCAUCCGUUACCUUCGUCGUGAAAGCUGUCGAUAGCCAGGAUCCUACUCUUAGUGGCACGACAUCGGUUAUGGUCCGAAUUCUAGAUGAAAAUGACAACAGUCCCCAUUUCCUUCCCGAUAGCCUUAAUAUAAAAGUCAUCGAAACCCUUGACCCAGGAACUGUCAUCGGCAAACUAAGGGCUACCGACGCUGACGAGGGCAAAAAUUCGACCCUGUCCUUCGCUGCUGUUGAAAACAACCCCUUUGUGCCUUUUAUAGUUUACGAAGAUGGAACAAUUCGGCUAGAAAACAAACUAAACAGAGAAUUGAAAAAUAUUUAUGAAUUCAAUGUCCUUGUUCAAGAUAAAGGUGACAUCCCUAAAAGCACGACUGGACGUGUUGUGAUUCGCGUUGUAGAUGCUAAUGACCACUCCCCGGUGAUUACCUUCCCAAAUGCCAACAACGAUACUAUCACAAUUACCUCCGAAGUAGAGUUAGGAACUCGAGUAGCCACCAUAAUGGCAUAUGAUGUCGACGAGGGCGAAAAUGGCGAAUUGGUUUUUGCCAUUCUUGAGGGAAACGACAAAAACUUAUUCGAUUUGUCUCCGAAAACAGGCGAAAUCAUUCUUAUUCGAAAAAUAGCUCAUACUGAUCUUAAGUUCCAUCAAUUAAAAAUUAGCGUCAAAGACCAGGGUGCCAUAAGACUUGAAUCUGUUGGAUUCCUGAAUAUCGAAGUUGUACAUGCCAAUAGUGUCGUGCCUAAGCCUGUAUUUGCUAAUGGGCAGCUGUACCUCAUUAUUACUGGCAUAGUUGCAGGUGUCACAUUUGUAGUCGCAAUUAUAAUUGUGACAGUUAUUAUAAGAAUGAAACGGAAUGACAAUAGAAAUAAUCACAGUGCCGAUGAAGCAGAUGAUAUGGCUAAAGACGAAAAGGAUUUAGAAAGAGCUCUGGCUGAUUCAGCCCUUCCCAACACCAGUCUAAAUUCAAACGAUUCCAGUUUAGAAUUCCAUCCAGUUAAAAAUGGCGACAAUAACAUCAUUUUCACCAACUCAAAUAUCAACUCGGACACCCCAGAACGACGAAAACGAGUUUCGUUUACUUUCACUAAGGCUAAUGGACGGUCGAAUAACCAUGAUAACAAAAGUACAUUUUCUGAAGAGUCAAACGGAAGUGAUAGUGGUAAAGGCUGUAGUGAUGAUGAGAAUCCUACUUUCAGUUUAUCAGAAACUGGAUCCACCGUCAUGUGGCAACAUCAUAUUAACCAAGAUGACGACGUUCCCCCUGUCAUUCCUCCACGAAUGCCAACUAAACCCGUACACUACCAGGCAUCAUACCACGCGUCUAGAGUGCCAAUCCAUGGCAAGCCACAGGUGCAGUUCCUCGACUCCUUUACCAGAAAACCUCUUCAAACAACCAACUCCUUCAGUAAUCAUUAUAACGCUAACGACACUGUACCAAAUUUAAGACAUAGUGCUUUCAGAAAACCCGAGAGUCAUAAAGAAAAUAUACAGCUCCAGAACAGUUUUUAUCCUCCUGUCAGGAGUUCUAUGAAUACUUUUACUGGUCAUUCUCGAGAAGAGCCUCUCCCAGCUUUAAGUUACAACUCCUUGUGUCAUAGUAGUAUGUGUAGUAUGGAUGAUGAUCAGUAUUCUACGACAUCAGGUAGUUAUACGAUAAACUCUGAUAUAGAGGACGCCCAUUGUGCUUAAUAAGACAAAAUAAGAUAACCUAUGUUUAAAAGUACGACUGUGCUUAAAAUUCGAAGAUUCUGUGCUACGAUCAGUGGACAAUUACAUUCCGAUUCCGCUCUAUUGGGAAAAUAGUGUCAUGGAAUAAUUGAAAUGAUUGUGGUUUCCUAUGUAGAAAAUCACCCGUAAAUAAUCGAUUUCAUUGAUAUUAACAUCGAUUACCACUCAUUAUCAUUCAUUAAUUGCUGCAUUUUGUCUCACAUGAAUGUUGUAAAUAUUUGCCUUACGUGAUAUUUUAACAUGAUGAGUUGUUUGAAAUGAGUAUUGUUACUGUCUUUUAUAGAACGUAAUGUCAAUUACAUUUAGUUGAUGUCAAACAUGUUGCGCCAUUCUGUUAUUUAUUUCAAGGCGUAUUUCAGAGAUUGUGCCUUUCGUUUUCGCUUUUAUUUUCGUAUUUGCAUAAUCUUUGUCCAAACCUUUGAGAUUAGAGACAGGUAAAUGUCUAUUAAUUGAAGAUAAAGUUUCAUUCGUUUGCUAAUUUUGGUGGCGCAUUUGGCAUAUUGUUUGCUACAAUAGUAUAAAGCAUUUAACCUUGGCUAAGCCCAUUGUAUAAUAAAACGAGAGUUAAUCGAAUAGAACGAAUGGUCGGCCUAUUUCAAACAGUUUUAAUUGGAUAUUGAAAGUUUUAAAAUAGAAAGAUUUAAUGUAUUUUCUAGCCAGAAGCCAAUGAUAUCUAACAACUCAUGAAAUACUUAUGAUGGUUACCCUCUUUGAUAAUAUAAGCCAAGGCUUAUUUUUAAAUUCUCUCAUUUUCACUUCAAUCCCCAUUGCUGUUUUAUCUUGCCUGAAACGUUUCAGUUUUUGAGACAUUCUGUAUGUUAAUUGAUAUAAGAUGCAUUUAGUUUAAUCAUUAUGUAUACUGACAUUAUUUAUCAGAUUUGAACAUGAAAUGUACAUGUACUUAAUGAAUUUUUGUAUUUCCAUAACUAUACUCAGCAGUAUUAUGUACAUACCUUGAAUGGAAUAUUCAUUAUUCGUUUGAUUGAUAUUAUAUUUUCAUACUUUCAUUAUUUUAUUAUCAUAUUCAUAUUUAUUAUUUAAUUAUUUCCAUCAUGUGUU